AGGAAAAAGAAAAGGAGCAUAAUCUACAUUCUAUCUUCCCUUCACAAAUUCAAGCAAAAGGCACCAUUCCCUUACACCCAGAUGAGCUCCAUCACUCUCAUCUUCCAGCUCUCUCAUUCUCCAUUUCUUGUUGAUGCAAGAUCCAAAGAACACACAAACAAGGAAGCCGUGGUAUCAAAGAGCGAUGGAGGCGGCAUAUAUUUGGAGACCAGCAUCCAAACCGUCAGGAAUUCCGGCGAAUUCCACCAGACCCAAGUUGCGGAAGAGCGCUUCGUUGAAGGUUGCAUCUUCGUUCACCCGCGUCUGUCUAUGUGCGCCGAUAUCUUCCUACACUGAGGUGUUUCGUGCUGAGCUUCCACCAAGGAGAAGUUAUAGUUAUCCGAGGUCAAAGUCAUUUGUGGCCCCUAGAGAGAAAUUGCCUACCAUGAGAAGCGCAGCCGCAGAAGGCGGCCGGAGAGUUUUUCGUGGAAAGUCACUGACUGAUGAUGUUCUGAUGAGGAGAUUUGUGGUGGAAGAAGAAGCAAUGAUGCAAGUAAGGAGGAGGAAUCAGAUGGAAGUAAUAAGGAGGAGGAGUUUGAUGAGAAAGAAAAAACUUGGGCCUAGUCCACUUAGUAGAAUGACAAUGGCAAGAGAAGAUUAAAAAGAUAAUUAAAAAUGAAAAAUGUAAGUUGUGAUUAUUUUCUUUAAUUGCUUGUUUAAAUUGGGUUUUUGGUUUGCAUAAUCAUUUGCAAUUUGUUUAAAAGUU